GUAGUUCACCAAAUUUAGAUACAAAUAUUGCAUAUGCUCAAAACUUUGGCACAGAUUGUAAUAAUUAUUUUGAUUGUAAAUAAAAAUCACUUUUGUGAAUGAAAUUGUUUGCAAAUCUGACAGUUUUUUUUGUAACGUGGACAUGACAAGAGAUAUCUUUUUCUUCAGUUCAGGUGCAUUUGUCAGUGCAUAAUAUAUCUUUCUAUUCACCGAUGUAUUUGGUAUUUGAUAGUGUAACGAUACUUUGAAAGAAAGGAGGUUUUAAAAAUGAGAGCGGUAUACAUUUACAUGUCUGCUACAGUCUUUUUUAUAGUCAUUGCAUACACGUGUCUUGUACAAAGAAAGAUGGUCUACAAAGAGAACCUGAAGAAAGGCGUACAUUAUGUUUGCCAAACGUUCAAUGGGAGACUGGCUAACCAUAUUUACCAGUAUGCUUCUAUCUACGGUAUUUCGAGACUAAAUAAUCUGACAGUUAUCCUCGGAAAAGAUGAUGAUCUUGUUGAGUAUUUCGAAGUGCCAUCUGCCGAAAUUUAUGAGAACAGAGAUAUGUGUCAGGCCUUUGUCGAAAAAUAUGCAAAACAUUGCUGUGUUUUCGACGAGACCUUUAUGAACUUGCCGAAAAACAAAAAUUACAAACUUGGUGUUUAUCUUCAGUCUUGGAAAUAUUUUCAACACGUUUUUGAAGAGGUCAGAACAGAGCUGAAAUUUAAAAAGCAAAUACAAGAAAACGCAGCAUAUAUUGUAAAUAGUUAUAAAGACGGAUACUCAGUCAAAUAUGGAGCAAAGGCUGUUGUUUUUGGUGUACAUAUAAGGAGAGGCGAUAUUGCUUCAAACCGUGACUUGGGUGGAGUACGUCUCGUUCCUGAUUCCUACAUUCGAAAUGCGGUGGAUUACGUUCUAAAACAUUUUGAUCAUGUCGUGUUUCUAGUUUGCUCAGAUGAUAUUGAUCAUGCGAAAAAAGUUAUGAAUUAUAGAAAUAUUUCAGCUGAAUUUGUUCAUUUACCGCCGAUACAUGACCUUGCCAUCUUGUCUAAUUGUGAUCAUGUGUUAACAACAUCUGGGUCAUUUGGUUGGUGGGCGGGGUUUCUGUCACGUGGCACUGUGCUUUAUUAUAAGUAUCCAAUGAAAGAGGGGACUUUCGAGAGAUCGGAAUACAAUUAUAAUGACUUUUUUCCGCCAGACUGGAUUGGUUUGGCUUGAAUCUUAAACAUUGUCCGCUUCAUUCAUUAAUUCAAUUGACUCUUUCUGAUAUCGUUUUCAACUGAACCUUUUUCAAUUCGUACUAGUCGUGAAAGUCCAAUGGUUAGACGCCAUCGUAUAAAGCAUUAAAGCACGCUUUUAUUUUAUUUUUUUUUUCGAACUACUAUUGCAGUUUUUCUGAUUUAACUUCAAAGUUAUGUUAAUUGUAUCUAUGCAUUUUACCUGGCACCUCUGUUUACUAGUAUAACAUACGAAAUGCUAUCCGAUAUUUUUUCACUAAUGAUAUGCAUGGUUUUGUGGUUUUGAAUAACAUGUCAGAUCUUAUGUAAUGAGUGGUAAUGAAUUAUUCUGACACGACCUGAUUUAUUUCCCUGUGUAACAAAGAAAACACAUUCCCUGAUUGUACGUCAUAAUUAUUACGUCAUAGCGUCAAACGUCAUAGCGGCGAAAAGAAACCAUACGAAACAGGCAACAAUUUGAUGGAUAACUUCAAAUAUGUAGGUUAUUAUACUUGAUAACGUAUUAUAAUCGAAGUGAUAUCUUUCAAGCUGUGCUUUGCUCUUGAAUAAAAUCAUUGUUUGUC